CCAACAAAACUGCCCCACUCCUUCCGUACUAGGCCCGGGCUUCAGGACAUUAGCCUGUACCCUUACACGAACCUAUAAUCCACUCUCCAUUCCUUUUAUAAAUUCCCCAAUUCCCUUCUCCAUCACCAACCUUACCAUUCAUUCACUUACUCUCAAUCGUUUUUCCUUUGCUUAUUUUGCUUUCUUCUGCUCAUAUUCUCUCUAUUUCUAUUUCUCUUUCUCUUCAUACAACAUAUGAGAGAAGGAAGAGGGUGUUCAUCAAGGAAGAGUUGUUGCAGGUUUGUUGUGUAUAAUGGAGAGUCCGAAUUUUCCACCACCCCACGGAGGAGACCCCUCUCGCCCCGCUCUAGGAUUCCCCCUUGGCACAGCUCUCCUUCUGAUUGUAAUCUUCAGCUUAAGUGGCAUCUUCUCCUGCUGCUACCACUGGGACAAGCUUAGAUCCCUCCGUCGAUCUUUCUCCGACGACUUAAAUCCUAAUCCUGACAUUGAAGGCUCACCCUCCAAAUCUAACCCUGCAGACAUGGAUUUGAAGACAAACCAGAGCCAGAGUUUGCCAGUUCUAAUGCCAGGAGAUCAGAUCCCAAAGUUUAUAGCUUUACCAUGUCCCUGUCAGCCUCCUCGAGCAGAAAAUAUUGUUGUGAAAGUGCAGAAGCCCCCCAAGUUGCCACGUUUUCCAGUACCUUUGUAUUAGCAUUAGUAAGAUUGAUCAUUUGGUGUACAUAUAAUUUCAUUUAAUGAUAAAUUAAGCUAGUUUUACCAUCGUUUCCAA